AUGCAGUUGGAUCCACUGGAUAGCUGUCAUCACAGGGUCGUUUCCCAACUUAAGUCCAGUUGCGAAAGCCUUUCAGAAGAGCAGUUGGCAAAGCUUGGGGUUGUUCUUUUCAACUGUCAGUCUGAGAUUGAGGGUCGCAGGACUUAUCCAUGUACAGAAGAGAUGAUGAUAAAGGAGUGCACUGCAUCCAUGGACCCUGACACUUGGAAUGCCUACCACAUAGUGAGCAAUAGAGCCAGGUCGGUGUGUUAUGCCACACGACAGAUGCUCUUCCGGCGCAGGGCAGAGAACACUGUGAACGCUCUCAUCUCCACAGCUUCCACCCAACUCGAUGCAAUGAAGGAUCUCAAGGAGGGUCAACUUCAGCUAAAGGAGAUGACGGCAGCAUCCUUGGACAGAGUGCUUGAAGGCCACAGUGCUCUCCGGGAUCAGCAGAAUAGGCUCUAUGAAGAACAGGAACAGAUGGAGUCCUCACUGAAGGACAACCUGGAGCGGUUAGGAAAAGAAAAGGCUCUGAUUGCUUCCGGGCAGCAGCUGGUGGCACAGCUCAUUCAAGGCAUCACGCAAAAAAUGGAAAAUGUCAGUCAGCAUCUGGAAGUUCAAAGCUCCGAAGUGCAUGAUGGACAUCGUGCCAUAGUUGAAGAUCUUGCAGAUGUCAGACAUCAAGCUCAGGAUGUAUAUCAAAAAAUAGACACCAGUAUGACUCAGUUCUUGCAGUAUCAGGACCAGACCUCCCAGUACUUCUAUGAUCUGAUGACAAAACUUGAGCGCAUGAAUAAAACACUGGGGUUUGUUCUGCAGUAUUUGGACAACAUGCAGGGCAAGAUAGAGGGUCAACUUCAUGUGAUUCAGAACUAUCUUGGAUGGGCAGGGUUGAGUUUAACAGCCAUGUGGACGUGCUUUGCUCAUGCCGGUUACUUUGUCCUGGCUGCAAUCCUGUUAACAUUUCUACGCUGUCCCGGUUUCUCUCGAGCCAUGCUGCUUUUCACAGUUCCCCUAAAUGCAGUGGCUGAGGUGAACCAGCAACCUGCUUUGGAUCUCUGCAACCUCAGCCUCCUCCUGUUCACACUCUCGCUCGGGCACUGGUUUAUUAGACAAUUCUGUGCUUUCCUUCGCAAAUGCAAAACUCCUGUCCUUCUUCCACUGGGUCCAUGUGAAACCGUUGAGCCACAAAAGCCAAAACCUGCCCCCCUUUCUUAUCCACCCUGCUCAACCCCAGACAGAGAAAAAAAUGGGAUUUGUCUGGAAGAAACCAUUGACCAAGAUGGCUUCAUAUUAGGUGACCUGGGCACAUCAGUGGUGUCUCCGUGCCACAGGAGGAUACAUAGAGAAUCAAUCAACCAUUCCACCCCAAAGGCUUUGGUGAAACCUGUUCUGUCAGCGACACACAUUGACAACCUCUCCCUGAGGAACAUCGGAGGCGUGUGUGAUGCUGCGAAUGACUCAAGAGAGUUGGUAGAUGUCUCCAGAAGUGCAAGUCCCAACCCCUCAAUCAUCAGCAACAUCUCAUUGACAAGUCGCCUGCUCUGCAACGCAACAACCAAAGCUGGAAAAGCCUGUAAAAAGAGGGCGGUGCUGGGACUGGAGUACUGUAGAGUGCACGAGGGAGGACAAAACUCCUAUGUAAAUUAG